CACACAGCGACAUGCUGUGUUAUGUACACCACCUGUGUGCUUCUUGACUGCAGCAUCACUGUGGCUACAGUUGCCAGCUCUGGCUCGGCAGAGGUCAUUUGCAUAUUUUAUAACUCCAGGUAAAAGGCAAGGGAGCGUGAGAGGCAGGUGAGGGAGCGUGAGAGAGAGAGAGAGAGACAGAGAGAGAGAGAGGGACAUGGUAAAAGUGCAGGAGUCAUAAGGCCCAGCAGCUCAAAACGGUCCUAUCCAUCUUCGGGCUCUGAGACGCGCUGAUGGGCGAGAGGCAAACAGCUCGCAGGGUUUAUUAAGUGGGCCAGUUGCCAUAGCGACACUUUGGCAAGCCAUCGCCAGGAUAAGCCAUAAUGGGUCUCCUGACGCAGUUCACUCUGCUCCUGUGGAAGAACUUCACUCUGCGGAAGAGACAAAAGGUGCGACUGGUCGUUGAGCUCAUAUGGCCUCUGUUCCUCUUCUUCAUACUGGUGUGGGUGCGGACCACCAAUAAGCCAAUUUACAAAAGCCAAUGUCACUAUCCAAAUAAAGCCAUGCCGUCGGCCGGCGUGCUGCCGUGGCUUCAAGGUAUGAUCUGCAACAUCAACAAUCCCUGUUUGAACUACCCGACGCCUGGGGAGGCACCAGGCCAAGUCAACAACUUCAACAACUCCAUUAUUGCUGGUGUGUUGAUAGAGCUGCAGAGCCUGGUGGAGAACGGAUCUAUUCUCAGGAAGGCACAGUUGCUGGCGGACGACAUCGACCAGUGGUCCUCAGUCCUGUCACAGUCGAACCCUGGGAAUGCUCAAUCAGUGACUCUAAAGAAGGUUCUGCGAGACGAUGAGACGUUCUCCAAACACCUGAAAGAGAACUUGAAGGUGCCGGCAGCAGUUGUCGAAAGCCUCUUAAAUGCCACGAUUUACCUCAACCCAGAACGACCGGGCGACCUGAGGACGCUCCUGUGCGACGGGACAGGUCUGGAUGAGUACCUCCGAUUCAGCAGCCCCGCUGAGAAGGAGGCUUUUCAAAAUGUCAGCUGCUCCCUCACUCGACAGCAGCUGAUUAACACCCAGCAAGUGUUCCGGCAAAACCUGGAUGUGAGGAAACUGCUGUCAGAGGUGCCUCAAUCUCUCAGCCUGAAUCCGGCAGAUACCGUGACACUGGUGGGGAGAACCACUCGAAAUGCUUUACCCGUGAUUGAGGAGAUGGCGAGGUUGCAGAACUCCAUGGUCUUUCAGGCGGCCGGUUCAUUGAAUUUCCAAGAAAACUUGAUUGGCAGUGUCAAUAUGCUGCUGUGUGGAGAUCAGCCUGACCUCAACUCCUCCAGUAUGACCCUCAGUUUACGCUCCCCUGGACGAAUGGAUAAGAACGAGUCGAUCCCCGUUACGGGCAACAGUUCCGAUGCUUUUUGUCAGACCCUUGUCGACACCCUGGAGAGCACACCUGGUCUGCGCAACAUUUGGAGCACGUUCAAGCCGUUAGUGCAAGGCAAAGUCCUCUACACCCCCGACACACCUGCUGCCCGCCUGCUGGUGAACAAGGCAAAUGGUACAUUCCAGGCCUUGGCUACGUUGAAAGAGCUGGCUGAUUCGUGGGAGGAGCUCGGGCCCCGCGUCUGGGAUUUCUUUCAAAAUGGCUCUCAAGUGAAUGCACUACGGGCUCUGCUGGAGAACCCAGUGUUCGCGGCCGCCCUCGACCAGCGUCUCAACGGCACAAGAUGGACGGCCGAGCUGCUCGACAACUUCCUGUACAACGGGCCCCCGGAGGAUCGUCCACCUGGAAUGCCCACCACCGACUGGAGGGACGCUUUCAACGCCACCACUCAGAUCCUGAAGCUUCUCUCCAACUUCCUCGGCUGUUUGGACCUGAAUAAGUUUGAGGCCGUUUCCGACGAGAGCCAACUGGUGAGCAAAGCACUGGAGCUACUGGAGAACGAGACGUACUGGGCCAGUGUCAUCUUUGAAAACCUGCAGCCCAACUUCAGCCAGCCGCCGUCUUACGUCAAAUACAAAAUCCGCAUGGACGUCGAUGAAGUGGAGGCAACCAACAAAUUAAAAGAAAGGUCCUGGUCUCCCGGGGCCCGAGACAAUUCCUUUAACGACCUGCGCUAUAUAUGGGGAGGCUUCGCCUACCUGCAGGAUAUGAUGGACAACGGCAUUACACAGGUGCAAACGUCAAAGAGCCAGCCCCUCGGAGUGUUCGCCCAGCAGAUGCCAUACCCCUGCUACGUGGAUGACGUCUUCAUUCAGAGCAUUGGAGGCAUCCUGCCCAUGUUCCUGGUGCUGGCCUUCAUGUACUCCGUGUGCAUGUGCAUCAAAAGCCUGGUGCUGGAGAAGGAGCUGCGGCUCAAGGAGGUGCUGCGCGUCGUCGGCAUUCAGAACGGCGCCCUCUGGUUCUCCAGCUUCACAGAGAACAUUGUUCUGCUCGCAGUUCCCAGUUUGCUCAUAAGUCUCAUGGUUAAGUACGGGAAAGUGCUGCAGUACAGCGACCCCUCGCUGAUCUUCGUCUUCCUGCUGGUGUUCUGCAUGGCCACCAUCACUCAGUGCUUCUUCAUCAGCGUCUUCUUCUCUAAGGCCAACUUGGCGGCGGCGUGCGGCGGCCUCAUCUACUUUGUCCUCUACCUGCCGCACAUCCUCUGCUACGCCUGGAGGGACGUCAUGGGUUUCGGGGCCAAGGUCGGCGUGAGUUUACUGUCGUGUGUGGCCUUCGGCUUCGGCUGUGAGAACUUCGCCAAGUACGAGGAGCAAGGCAUCGGUAUUCAGUGGAGCAACAUGAACACAAGUCCAGAAGAGGGGGAGCGCUACACGUUCCUACUGUCCAUCAUCAUGAUGCUCGUUGACUCCCUCAUAUACUGGAUCCUCACCUGGUACAUCGAGAACGUCUUUCCAGGCCAAUAUGGAAUCCCCAAGCCGUGGUACUUCCCUUUCACUGCAUCUUACUGGUGUGGCAGAGCCUCAGUGGCCCGUGUUGACACCGGUGGUUUGAAGGACUACAGCCUACAUAACGAAUAUCUGGAGAAACCGCCGCCCGACAUGAAGGCCGGGGUCUCAGUCCGCAAUCUGGUCAAAAUCUACAGCACGGGAAAGAAGCUGGCCGUUGACGGACUCACCGUGGACUUCUACGAGAAUCAGAUCACAUCUUUCCUCGGCCACAACGGAGCCGGAAAAACCACCACAAUGUCAAUCCUGACAGGACUGUUCCCGCCCACGUCAGGCACCGCUCUCAUCAACGGAUACGACAUCCUCACCGACAUGGACAGGAUCAGGAAGUACUUGGGAAUGUGCCCACAGCACAACGUCUUAUUCAAUGAGCUGACGGUGGAGGAGCACAUCUACUUCUACGCCCGGCUGAAAGGACUCAGCCGCGACGAGGUGAAAGUCGAGAUGGACCAGAUGAUUAAGGACGUCGGUUUACCACAUAAGAGGAAGGAGCUCGCUAAGAACCUGUCGGGCGGCAUGCAGAGGAAGCUCUCCGUGGCCAUAGCGUUUGUCGGAGGCUCCAAAAUCGUCAUCUUGGAUGAACCGACGGCGGGAGUCGACCCCUACGCCCGCAGGGGCAUCUGGGAGCUGCUGCUAAAAUACAAGCAGGGUCGCACCAUCAUCUUGUCCACGCACCACAUGGACGAGGCGGACAUUUUAGGGGACCGCAUCGCCAUCAUCUCCCAGGGCAAGAUGCGCUGCUGCGGCUCCUCGCUCUUCUUGAAGAAAAGCUUCGGCAGCGGCUACUACCUCACCCUGGUCCGAGACGGGACUGAGAAGAUGGCCGCUCAGCGUAAUGGUAUCUUCCACAAUCAGGCCGCAGAGGAGAAGGACUUCACUUCGAGCAGCAGCCUUGAUGACGGCAUCGGCAGCCAGAGCAGCUUAGAUCCCUCAGAUCUGACAGCCGUGGGUCAAGUCGUGCGGCGCCACGUCCCCGAGGCGGUCUUCUUGGAGAGCAUCGGUCAAGAGAUCACCUACAUCCUGCCCUACAGCGGAGCCCGAGAUGGGACCUUUGCCCUGCUCUUCAAAGAGCUGGACCUGGCCACGGAGGAACUCGGCCUGACCAGCUACGGCAUCUCUGACACCACGCUGGAGGAGAUAUUUCUUAAAGUGGCAGAAGACACUGGAGUGGAUGCAGACAUUCAAACAGUGGAGCCGGUUGUGAGAGACUACGAGAGGAGCUCCCGCAAAUCCAAGCGCAACAGCAUCGCCAGCCUCCACACAACAUCCGCACAACCACAACACGGCUCCGGGAUGACUGAGUUGAAGGAGCGAUUUGCAAGUAAAGUGGAAGACCUGCAGAGGACCAGCGCAGUCAGUGGGAGGGGAUCCAGCGUCAUCACCGGGUGGGAGCUGAUCAGGAGGCAGUUCCUGGCGCUCUUCAUCAAGCGCUUCCACCACGCCCGCCGGAGCCGCAAGGGAGUCAUUGCCCAGGUGAUCCUGCCUGUGUUGUUCGUGUGCAUGUCUCUGAUCUUCUCACUCAUCCUCCCGCCGUUCGCUGAAUACCCCAGUCUGCAGCUGCAGCCCUGGAUGUACGGCCUGCCCCAGACCACAUUCUACAGCAAUGACGGGCCAGACAACGUGGAGGUGUCUCAGGUGGUGGACACGCUCGUGAACAACCCUGGAUUCGGGACUCGCUGCAUGGAUGGAAACCCGAUACCGAUGUUGCCAUGUUCCUCCAGUGGGUCUGACUGGUUCACUCCACCCGUAGACCAGUCAGUGAGCGACAUCUUCCUCAACGGGAACUGGAGCAUGUCGAACCCCUCCCCUUCCUGUCAGUGCAGCACGCCAAAACGGACGACCAUGUUACCCGACUGUCCCCCUGGAGCGGGGGGGCUCCCUCCACCUCAGAGGAUCCAGAACACGACAGACACAUUGGAAGAUUUGACUGGCCGGAACAUGUCUGACUUCCUCCUCAAGACUUUUGAGCAAUCGGGUAAAACGAGGUACGGGGGGGUGUCUGUCGGAGGAGUCAACUCACAAGUCCGUCUGACUGAGGCAGAUAUCGAGGUUGUCUUCAGGGAUCUAAGAGACCUGCUCGGUUCAUCUCAGGAUAAUGUCACUGAUGAGCUCUUACAGAAGUCUGAGUCGCUGCUGAAGAAGCUGGGAACCAGGGACAACGUUAAGGUGUGGUUCUACAACCAGGCGUGGCACGGCGUGGUGUCUUUCCUCGCUGUGGCCAACAAUGCCAUCCUGAGGGGAAACCUGGCGGCCGGAGAGGACCCCCGCCAGUACGGCAUCUCUGUGUCCAACCACCCCCUGAACCUCACCAAGUCGCAGCUCUCCUUCGUGGCCUUGGCCACAACCUCCAACGACGUGGUGGUGUCCAUCUGCGUUAUCUUCGCCAUGUCCUUCAUCCCGGCCAGCUUUGUCCUCUUCCUCAUCCAAGAGCGGGUGAACAAAGCCAAGCAUCUGCAGUUUGUCAGCGGAGUGAACCCGGCUGUGUACUGGUUGGCCAAUUUUGCCUGGGACAUGUGUAACUACAUCGUCCCUUGUUUGAUUGUGAUUGCGAUCUUCCUCGCCUUCCAACAAAAAGCCUACGUCUCGCCUCCUAACCUGCCUGCGCUGAUUUUGCUGCUCAUUUUGUAUGGGUGGUCCAUCACCCCCAUGAUGUACCCCGCCUCCUUCAUCUUCAGCGUCCCCAGCACGGCCUACGUGGUGCUGACCUGCAUCAACCUCUUCAUCGGUAUCAACGGCAGCGUGGCCACGUUCUUCAUGGAGCUCUACGACGACGAUAGCGUCUCCCGCAUCAACGACAUAGUGAAGCAGGUGCUGCUGAUAUUCCCACAUUUCUGUCUGGGCAGAGGGCUGAUUGACAUGGCCAAGAACCAGGCAAUGGCCACGCUCUUCAGCAGCUUUGGGGAGGACCGAUUCGAGGAUCCACUCAGCUGGGAUAUGGUGGGAAAGAAUCUCUGUGCCAUGUCCAUCCAGGGAGUUGUCAUGUUUGCCAUCACGAUCCUCAUCCAGUAUAAGUUCUUCUGCAAACCGAGGCUUAUUUCUGGGAAGUCAUUAUCUGCAGAAGAGGAGGAUAUCGAUGUUGCACGGGAGCGUGAGCGAGUGUAUGAAGGCAGAGCCCAGAAUGACCUCCUGAAGAUCCGUGACCUCACUAAGGUAUACUCUCGGAAGAGCACCCCUGCUGUGGACAGGCUAUGCGUGGGCGUGCCUGCUGCAGAGUGUUUCGGCUUGCUGGGAAUCAAUGGGGCUGGGAAAACCACCACGUUCAAGAUGCUGACAGGAGAUAUCCCAGUCUCUGGUGGAGAGGCCGUCCUAAACGGACACAGCAUACGGACGGAGAUGAGCGAGGUGCACCAGAACAUGGGCUACUGUCCCCAGUUUGACGCCCUGGAUGACCUGCUCACCGGACGGGAACAUCUGGAGUUUUACGGCAGGUUGCGGGGAGUGCCAGAACCCGAGGUCGCAAUGGUGGCAGAGUGGGGAAUCCAGAAGUUGGGGCUCGUCAAAUAUUCCAACAAAUCAGCAGGGACCUACAGCGGUGGGAACAAACGCAAGCUCUCCACGGCCAUCGCCCUGAUCGGCUGUCCUCCAGUCAUCUUCCUGGAUGAGCCGACUACUGGGAUGGAUCCCAAGGCCCGCCGCUUCUUGUGGGACUGCAUCCUGAGUGUCAUCAGAGAGGGACGCUCAGUCAUUCUCACUUCACACAGUAUGGAGGAGUGCGAGGCCCUGUGCACUCGCAUGGCCAUCAUGGUAAACGGUCGCUUCAAGUGUCUUGGCAGCAUCCAGCAUCUGAAGAGCAGAUUUGGAGAUGGCUACACGGUGAUCGUGAGGGUGGGCGGCUCUCCUCCGGCCCUGAAGCCCGUCGAGGACUUUGUCCUGCAGACCUUCUCGGGCAGCGUCCUGAAGGAGAAGCAUCACAACACGCUGCAGUACCAGCUGCCGUACACACAGGGAGCACUGGCCUCCAUCUUCAGCCAGUUCACCAUCCACCAGCAGAGGCUUGGUGUGGAGGACUACUCUGUGUCACAGACCACUCUAGAUCAGGUGUUUGUGAAUUUUGCGAGGCACCAGCACGUCGAGGAGGAGGCUCAGGGCUACGACAACCCGGUGGACACCUCAGACGAGAAGCCACUGUCGUCUCGGAAGAUCUCCCAAGAAGCAGAGAAGGUGUAACGCCCAUGAGGAACACAAAGCUCCUACAGCAAUAUACACAAAAUCUAAAUGUAACGUUUCUGAUGUUCCAGCCGGGAGUGAUGUACAAUAUUUAACCCUUAUUACUGCAAUGUGCAUAGACAGGACCUGCAGAACUAUUCUGAACCCACCACAUAAAUUCCUUCCACUGAUCAAUACAAAAAAUCUAUCGGCUGUAAAACCUGCAAAUACCCGCUAAUGUUAAGUUCUAAUUGUUUGUAAGGUCUACAUGGCAACUUAUGUCCACCCACAUUUAACCAAAUAAUCAUCUUUAAAGCAACAAAUCAAACAAAUCUGAAAUACAAAUGUCUUGAAUAGUGGUGAAACUGGUUCUCUUCACCUGCAGCACUGAUUGUAUUGUCUCCACCCAGUGUGGACGCCACGUUAUGAGUGGAUCUGGAGUCAGAUCACGCAGCCACGUAGUUGCAAUGUUGUUUUUACAGACGUUCCAUUUCGAUGAAAGUAUACUGUUGAUCUUGAUAUGUACCUCAAGAGAGUGCACGGGCCAAACCAUCCCUGAAAGCAUCAUGGAUUGCACAACAACCAGGAAACCUCAGCGCUGACUUUCAAAUUGAAUUGCAACAUUUUUUUACAUUUUAAAAUGUUGCUUGUUCUGUACGUUUACUUUGGAUUUUAACCAUGAUAUUAUGAGCUGUGAAAUUCAGUACUUAUGGCUUAUUAUUGAUGACACUGAAUUAAUGAGGUCAGAUAUUUGAAGCACUCCAAAAAACUUUGAUCACUGAUUUUUAGAUUUUAAUGACACAAACAAAUUAACUCAGCUCUCUUCAGAGCCUUUCUGAUGCCGCGUUAAAUUCGGCGAUCGGUAAUUAACUUUAGCACUGAGUCAUAAGGCAUUCUGGGUAUCGGCACUGGUGUAUUGAUCUGUGACCACCAGAGAUCAGUGGCAGAACUCUGCUGAUGAAGUGAAUACGUUUUUGCCACAGUGAGCCUUCCAAACACCCGGUGGAAAUACUGAAAACUUGAUUGAAAACGGGUGAUGACUCUGCAUAGCAAUGGGCCUCAUCUGCAAAGUUAAAAUGUCUUGGCUACGAUGCACCAUGCAAGGACAUGGAGCAUCUUUAGGGGAUUGACCCUUUGCAAAGUCCUGCCUCCUUAGUGACUGUAGAGCUAGUUGGACCUUUUGUUCUGUAAACAAGAUGUUAUGGUAAAGAACCUGGAACCCCAAACUGGUUCCAGUUAAUGCUAUGGCCUGAGAUGUAACUCCAGACUAACACUGUAGUUGACGUAUUGGCUUUGUAGCAGGAUAUGUUGACGUUCCUACUCCAUCGAGUCACGAAGCUGUGAUUGGAUAAUUAUUGCUCAGGGGAGGUGCUUAGUGAAAGAUAAUAUAUAAGAUACAAAUAUUUUUAAACUCGUAUAUUGUUGUAAUUUAUAAAAAUUUUAACAAGAUAAUUAUAACAAUGUUUGCAAUAUGUACUUAUAUUGUAUUAAUAUGUAUGUAUGAACACAAUCUAUAACUUUAAAAUAGUUAUUUAUUGCUAUAUGUUUACUGAUGUCAUUGAAAGUGUAUUAAUGGUAUAAAAUCAGGGAUGUCAGGGAUUGCUCCCUAUUGAAAUUCCAUAUAUAUAUAUAUAUAUCUGCUAUAUAUGUUAUUGUUGAUACCAUCCAUAUUUGGGCAUUGAUUUUUGUACUGAAGUACUGUUUCCAUGACGCUUCUAUUUAAAACCAUAAAGCUCUUUUAAUGUUGAAGCUUACAACACUUGGCACUUCACUGUAAUUUGCUGCUCAAGGCGCUUCAGGGUUUACUUUCAGCCUGUGACAUAAUUUGUAUGCUGUGCCUACAUAACCAUCAUGUAAAGCAAGGAAUAAAGAAUAAUGGAACCUCUUUGUACUGAAUGUAACUUCUUGUCAAGACAAAGGAUUAAACAUUUGCACCAAUUGUAA